AUGACGUUUCUUGACAAGUGCACUUUGUUAUCGUGCCGAUUAUUUUCAAUAUUUUGUACAAGAAAAAAAUUCUCGUGUAUCAGUGUAAUCAAUUUUCAUAUGGAUAGUAGAAAUGAAACAAAAUCAACUAUGGAAAUCACGAACGUACCACCCAUUAUUUCUAUAUACCGGCACGCACUGAGGACAUUCGAUGAUAAGUUCAACAGCGAAUUCACAACCAACUUGAACAAAUUAAAAUACUUGAUGGAUAUGCUAAGAGCUGAUGAUUUGGGUUUCGACGAUGGACUCAGUGAGCCAACGUUAUGGAGAAAGCCGAACAAAGCGCCUUGUACAUACAUAGAAGUGUUUCAAAAUAGUGAUAUAAACAUGAGUAUUUUUGUGUUAAAACCUGGCUUCAAGAUGCCUUUACACGACCAUCCUCAUAUGCACGGACUGUUAAAAGUGAUUGUGGGUGCUGUUAAAAUUAGAAGUUUUUCUGAAUACCCCUUAAAGGACGCUGUGAAUGAAUUGGACUUUGCCGUGCGUGCGAGGCACGAAGCCGCUCGCUUGGCCCAAGGUAUUCAUAGACGUAGAAGAUUGUUUGCGAAAGUGAGUCAUAAUCGAAUAUGUAGAGCUAACACUGAGACAUGUACCUUAACACCUACAGUUUCAAAUUAUCAUGAAAUAGAGGCUUUAGAUAUGCCAGCAGCAUUUUUCGACAUUCUCUCACCACCUUAUGAUACAUUAAUUAAAGAUAUAGGUCCAAGAAGAUGUCGAUAUUAUAAUGUAGCCAAUGAAGUAAGCGCUAAUGUUGUAGAAUUACAAGAAAUGGAUGUUCCAAAGUGUUUUUAUUGUGAUCAAGCACCAUACUUAGGACCCAUACUUGGCUAGGUACAAAUUUCUUUAGUAUUAGUUAGUGUUUCAAAUUGAAUACUUCUGUUUAAGAGACCAUUUUUCUAACUAAUAUUUAUAUAAUAAUAAAUUUCAUGCUUAUGCGUUAACUAGUGGACUAACAUAAGUGUGAAAAGAAAUGGUCAAUUAAACAGAGCAAUGGGUAUAAAAAGUUAUGUGAGACAAAAUCUAUUAAAUAACAGAUGUGUUUCCUAUACUUUGUACUUUUGCAGAAAUGCCAGAUUAAUAUUUAUUGAAAACAUAAAAAAUUAUAGCUGUGUAUAUUUAAAUAUUUUACAAGAUUAUGAGCCAUAUACUAUUGUAACUUACACUCAUUAAGAAGUUUUACAUAAAUAAUAAUAAUGUCAUAAAAUUAUAUAACAGAGGAAAAAUAACCUUCUGCAUUAGGUUUAUGUAUGAAUCAUCACAGAAUAUGCAUCACAGCAAAUCAUCAUAUAUAUCACAAAAGUUUGUCUUUAUGUUAUAGAAAAAAUCAUUGAAUUAAAAUUAUUUCCAUUAUAUUGAUCUAUUUGCAUAUAAGAAUUGUAUUAGAUUAUGGACUAUAAAUAUUUAUUUGUUCUAUAUGUAUAUAUGUUAUAAAGAAAUAGUGAAUUGAAUUAAAUAAUGAUAGAUUGAUAUAAACAAGUAUUUUGAUGACAUAAUUUUUCUAUUACUUACCAUAUUGUAGAACAUUGAAUGAAAAAACAUAAAACUUAUCUCAGGGGAACUUAACUGGCUACUUAGUUGACUAGGCUCUAUGUCUAUGAUUUUAAUGCUACAUUAAAAGUGGAAAACUGGCUCCAUUUUUACUUUUACAUAUAUCUACUUUUUAAAAUAUAUACCUGUCUUACAAACACUACUUUAUCAUCUAUGGAUCUUUAAAGAGCAUUGAGCUUUAGAUGUGAGGGUAAAUUCUCUCCAUUCAGAAUGAUUCCAAGUAUCCUAUCUUAUAAAUAUCAGGAUAAUUUUAUUAUGGAAUAUCCUAUUCAAAUUACGUCUAGGAAAAAUAAACAAUAUACUUCAUUAUAUAACUAAAAGUAUUAUUAUUGCUCUUGCUUCAAGCAAGUAAUAAAUAUAUGUAUCUGGCAAUCCAGAAACAUAGGUAGUUUCAAAUGUUAUUCUAAUUGAGAUUACCUGGACAAUUUCGAUAGUGCAAAUCAUUUUGUGCCUUCUUUAACAUAAACACAGUAAAAUACUAGUAAUGUGUGUUAAUUAAAAUUACAAACUAAGUGAGGAUACCAACACCAAAAUAAGUUACCAUAAGACUUAUACCAUUUCAUAUUGUGCAAAUUGUUAAUAAUAAAAUAUCACAUUAUAAAUAUUAGAAAAUAUUCUUUAUAUACCCAGUUAAGGUAAUUUGUAUAUGUUAUUUAUUAUUAUUUAUUUUACAAAGCACAUGCCUUAUUACACUAUUGACAUUUAUCACAUUCCAUUAUUAUACCAUAUAAUAAUGAUACCAGAAUUUUUAACUUCAUUUACAUAUUUUAUAUUUUACAAUGUAGUUAAAAGUUUAUUAUAUUAUGUAUGAUUGUUAUAAUAAUACAGUAGUACACCACAUUAUAGAGGGUGUUUAAAUGUUAUAUGAUAUUACAUACUAAAGAAUAAUAUCUUAUAAUUUUAGCACUGGUAAGAUAAACAAAACUUAUUACGUAUUUUAUCUAUAGAAGAAAAUAGACAAUCUCCUAGAAAUUAUUUAAUUAUAGUAGUGUAAAAAAGGUUUUACGUUUCAUAAAACUGUGUUUGUAAAAAUAAAGUAACUUUACA